AUGGUGAUCGCUUGGAUCACCAAUUCUCUCUCUACGGAUAUUGCUACCAGUGUAUUGAAGUACAACACUGCUAGGAAAAUCUGGUUAGAUAUAAAUAAAAGAUUUGGACAGUCUAAUGGGUCUAAAUUCAUCCAGAUUCAGAGGGAAAUUGGAACUAUCUCUCAAGGGACUUUAGAUAUUGCAUCUUAUUUUACUAGGUUGUUAAGUCUUUGGGAUGAAAUGAGUACUGCAUAUGUGGAUCCUGUUUGUUCUUGUGGUGCUUUACCCAAAUUCAUUGAAGAACUCAAGCUCUUUUGGUUCUUAGCUGGCCUUAAUGAAUCUUACUCUACAAUUAAGAGUAACAUUCUUAUGAUGUCUCCACUCCCUACUAUUAGUGGAGCUUAUUCUAUGUUACAACAUGAUGAGAAACAGAGGGAAUCUUCUCACAUACCAUGCUUCUCCAAUGAGUCAGUCUCUUUCUCUGCAUCUUCUACACCUUCUGAUAAUCAGAAAAGUUUUAAUCAAAGGGUUCAGUUUGAGUUAAGAAAUCCCGGGCAAGGUGUGGGGGUUUCAUGCAAGUAUUGUAAAAAGUCAGGGCAUACCAUUGAGAAGUGCUACAAGCUGCAUGGAUUCUCUCCUGAUUUCAAGUUCACACGGUCUAAAAGGUCUGCCCCAUGUGUUUAUGCUAACACUUCAUCCAUUGAAUCUUCAGUUCAAGCUCCCCUUUCCCAACCUGGGACUUCAUCUACUCAUGGUUUAAGCCAGAAGCAAUAUUAA